AUGUCGGUGCUGGAGUGUCUUAAGUGGCACAAUUUUGCUUCGAGUCAGCAGGAGAUUCUGACUACGGACGGCAAAUCUGGCGUCCCAUGCUUUUCUGGAGAGGUCACGAAGCUGGCCGAGUACCAGUUCAGGGUCCGAGUCCGUCAGUCCAUGGAGAAAACCUUGACUGAGGACGAUCUCCGGAAGAGGGGGCCGUUGGGGGUCAGAUUGAUCGAUGGUUUGAAGGGUCCAGCUUUACAAGUUGCUCGAGGGUUGCCAAUUGACAAGCUUUCUGAAGAAGGGGGUCCAUCUUUCCUUUUGAAGAGUUUGCAAUCUGCUUUCCAACCACGGGUGAAACAAGAAGCCAGGGAUCUUUACCAAGUAGGAGCACAGAAUGGAGGCAUGUUGUCUAGGCAGAGCGGUGAAAGCAUGGUGUCUUACGUCUUGCGCAGACGUACCUGGCAUGACAUGAUGACAGAUUUGGAUGCAGGUUUGACGCUGCCAGAUGGAAUUCUGGCAGAACAACUUCUGUCCAACUCAGGUUUGUCUUCGGAUCACCAACUGCUUAUCCGAACUGCUCUUCAAGGUGAUUUGACAUUCACAAAGGUGUCGGAAGAACUCAUUGCCCAGCACAGUCGUCUACAUGAGCGUGAGCACAAGGGCAAGGGCAACCACUUCCGACAAUCUCUGUUCUCAAAAGGGGGCAAAAGUUUUGGCAAAAAGUCCGGAUCUUGGAAGUCCUAUCACGUAGAGGACGACGCUUCUGAAAGCUGGGAGAAUGCAUCACAAAGUCUUGGUGGAUAUGAAGACUAUGACUUGGGCAGUGCAUACUACACCGCUGAAGAGGCCAGCGUGAAUGAGGCGUACGAAGUUUCUGAGUAUGACAUGGCCUCUGACUCCUUCCAAGCUUUUGAGUCCUAUGCGGCGAUGGUUGAAGUUGGAUUGGAUGAGCAAGAUCAGGAGUCGCUGGAUUUGGCGGCAGAAGUGAUUCAGUCUGAGUCUGAGGCGUACUUCAUGAGGCAGAAGGCAAUGGGAAGUGGUCACAAAGGCUUCUCAGGACAAGGACCACGCAAUUUCCAAGUUCAUGGCAGUUUGAGUUUGGAAGAGAAGAAGGCGAAGUUGCAGGCGGUGAAAAGCCGUACUAUGUGCAAGAGAUGCUGGCAGUAUGGUCAUUGGCAAGAUGAUCCUGUUUGCCCAAAAGGAGGUGGAAAGAAAGGAACUGGCAAAUCAAAGACCUUCUCAUCGGCAUCUACGACGGCGAGCACUCAGGGCAAGGGCAAGAACGUCAAAGGCCAGACAAAGCCUGGUGAGAAGAACCGCACGGUUUACUUCACCAUCAAUGAGUACGAGGGCCAUGGUGCUGCCGAUGGAACUUCCUAUAUGACUCAGAAGGAGAGCUACCAGGCAGUGCCACCACCGAGCUCUUUGGAUCCUCCUCAGCCUGCAGAGGAGACCGCUGAUGCGGCACUGGACCGCCUGAUUGCAGAGGCGGCCUUCCGCCAACACAUGAGUGCCCCGGUCUUCUUCGACCCGGCUGAGAUUGCAGAUCAACCACAUGUUCAGGUGCCACCACAGCCUCAGCAACAUGACUCUGCUGAGCGGCAUCGACAUUUAGAUCUUUUCCUACAGACAGCCAGCCGUGACCAUCCUGAUUGGGAAGAUGCCAACCGUGAGAGAUGGAAUGAGUUUGUGCCUGGUCACCCUCUUUUCAGUGCAGAAGAUCAGCAGAACAUCGCAAGACGGCAAGAGAAGGCUCGUCUGGGUUUGCCAAGGGUUCCUGAUCAAGCCUCGCAAGCACCACUUCAAGAACCAGCGUCAGCGAGCGCUGGGUGCCAGCACAAGAACAUCACUACACAUGGAACAAACUCCAAGUCCCGACAAGUCAAGUGCAAGGAUUGUGGAGUGAUCUUGGAGAAGACAGCGCGCGUGCCCACGGAGAAGAUGCAGACAGAGCACAGAGGUUCUUGUGAACACAAGGACAAGGACUUCAGUGGAACAACAUCCACAACCUGGCAGUGGACAUGCCGAUCUUGCGGCCACAUUGAGAAAGGCAGCAAGCGACCCGGACAAACCGGGAGACAAGCCAGCAGUGCACAGUCUGCUGCAUCGGGUCUGAACCUUCAGGUGGACAUUGGAGGUGAUCAACUUGACAGGAUCUAUCAACGCUGUCGUCAGUUUGUCUACUCGACAGCCACCAGAGCGGUUGAAGCGAAUCCGGGUGCCCAGGGGUACCCGGUUAACGCGCCCGCUGCUGCCUCGACUGUGGGUACGGGGCACCCUGCCGAAGGUGAGACGCGGCAGGAGAGUCCCUCCACGGCAGCCACUGGUGAUGGAACCCUGUUGAGGUCAGGCAUACACCAAGGAAAGACGUAUGCUUGGGUAUAUCAAAAUGAGACAGCCUACACAAAGAUGCUCAUCUCCAAGAACCAGAACGACCGACUUCGAGAUCCCCAUUUGAUCUCGUAUGCACUGUAUGCUGAGGACCGGAAGCGACGUGGGGGAACCAACACUGCCUUCAUGUCACAGAUUUUGGAGGAGACUGAGGAAGAAGAUUACAUGUUGGCCGUUUUGGCAGAGCCAGCAGAUGGACGCUUCAAGGGCGUUGGAGGAAAAGUUGAAGUUGCUUGCAAGAGGAUCAUUCCCAUGCAGAUGCUCACUGUGGACCAAGAGAAGAUCCCUGGGUCCAUAGCGUCGGUGGAACUCCAAUCUUCUGACACUCCACUGCUGCUGAGCAUCCAUGCUCAGAGAACCUUGGGUUUGAUUCUGGAUGUGCAGAACAACACAGCCUACAGCAAGUACCUUGACAAGGAACUCCAACUUCAUGGAUACAAUGGUUUGCCAGCAAUACGUCUCCACCCUGGUGAAUUUCAGGUUGGAUCAGUUGCGAUGCAUGUCCAAGAAUCAGAAGGCUCUGAAGAGAAGACACGGUCAAAGGUGAUCGACUUGGAAGCCAUGGAUGACCACAUCUCCGAAGAAGGAGAAGAGGAGCCAGUUGAGUUCAGUGGAAAAGAGGUGGAGGCUGGAUAUGAGCGUCAUUUGCCAUUAGCAGAGGAGUCCAUCAAAAUUUUGAGCAAAGGACAGAAGAAACAAUUGCAAGAGUCUCUUGAUGAGAUGGAUCAUCAGGACAGCGCAUUGUGGAGCACUUUGGCAUCCAAGCCAAGACAGCCGAAAAAGAUGCUGCCAAAGGGGUGUCGCACUUUCUUGAUGGAACUUUUUGCUGGUGCUGCCACACUCACACUGAUGGCCGCGCAGAUGGGCCUCCCAGUGUCUGAACCCAUCGACGUUUUGUACGAUGGGAAGUAUGAUUUGCUGAAGCGCGAGAAUCGAGAGAGGAUCAGUUGGCAGAUAGAACAGGAUGAUCCGUAUCUGCUUUCCAUGACUCCAAUUUGUGGACCAUGGAGCUCUUGGCAGUACGUGAAUAUGGCAAGAGGAGGUGAGACUGCAGAGCACAUCUUGGAGCAGAGGAAGCAGUGGUAUCCUGUGAUACGUUGGCUUUGUGACGUCGUGAAGAAAAGAUUGGCAAAAGGGAGAGAAGUGGUCUGGGAAAACCCAUGGGGUUCACUCAUGUGGUACUUGAGAUGCGUUGAGCAGUUGAUGGAAGCCCAGAUCACCAAUGCCCUGACAUUUGAGCCACUAGAAAUCCUCAGAAUAGAUCAGUGCAUGUAUGGGCUGGUUGAUCCGAGGACAGGCAUUCCCCACAGGAAGGCCACUGGCUUGAUGUUGUCGUCACGACACAUGAAGGAGGAACUGUCAGAGCUGUGUGAUGGAAGCCAUAUCCAUCAACCCUUAGAAGGAAACCUCACCAAGCAAGCAGAGCACUGGCCAGAGGAACUAUGCCAUCGAGUACUGAGAGGUGCCAUGCGUGAACUUCAGUCUCAAGCUCUUUCAAUGGCAUUUCCUGUUGAACAAGUAGCUGAAGAACGAGAAGAAGUAGGCUGCCUGGAUGCUAUACAUGAUUCCAGAGACCUGGAAGAACCUCCAAUGAAGAAACAAAAGAUAGACCAUGAUGAAAUCCAACGUGAAGAGAUCUUUGGGGAGAUGACAGAUGAAGACAAGAUGCUUCAUCAGAAGGAGAGAGACCGGAAGACGAAGUGGCUGAAGCUCAACAAAGAGAAGAGGAUUGCACUGCGGCGUCUUCAUGCCAUGAUGGGUCAUUGCUCAAUAGCCACGAUGACUCGGAUGCUCAAGUCGUCAUUGGCCAGCAAGGACCUGUUAGAUGCAGUUCCACAUUUCAGGUGUCAGUCAUGUGAGGAGAGAAGAAGGGAAGAAGCACCACGUUCAGUGCGUCCAACGCGCUCUAAGGCGGAGCUGAAGUUCAACUAUGAGUUAGCGGUGAUGUGUUUGAGCAUGAUCGACAUGGCAACUCAUUAUCACAUUGCCGCCAGAGUGGGUCAAGGUGGCACACCUUCCUCACGAGUGUGUGCAGAAGCUCUGAACCAAUGUUGGUUCACUCCUUUUGGCGCUCCAAAGAGAUUUGUAUCAGACCAAGGAGUACACAACAAGGGAAGAGUUUAUGCCAUGCUCAAAAGACAUGGCGUAGAAGUACGGUCAAUUGGAGCUCAGGCACCAUACCAAUUGGGAACGGCAGAGAGACAUGGCGGCAUCCUCAAGCAGGUGAUGUACAAGGCUAUCCACAGCAGACAGCUUGAGGGGGCAGUCGACAUCUCAGCUCUUUGUGCAGAAGCCAGCCGCACAAAGAACACCCUGGUCAACAAUGGGGGAUACUCUCCCAUACAAUGGGUCCUUGGGUUUACACCCGACGACCUGACCAGCCUCAUCAGUCAUGAUGUUGAAGGAGCCCUAGGAGUUCAUCAAGAUCAAGAGGUCUUCAUGAGACAGCUUCUCAUCCGUCAAUGCGCCAAGGAGGCAUUCAUCCAUGUAGAUACCAGCAUGAAGAUUCGUAAAGCCAUGUUGACAAGGGCUACUCCUCUGAGAGGGCCAUACAGGACAGGAGACUUGGUUUGCUUUUCUAGGCGAGGAAAGUGGUAUGGACCUGCGCGCGUUUUGGCGCCAGAAGGCAAGUCUUCACUAUGGUUGGUUCACUCAGGAGUCACAGUUUUGGUUUCUGAAACAGCUUGUAGGCCAGCAUCAGGUGAGGAGGUCAUGAAGAAGCAUGCGCUUGAGAUGAGACCGUCUCGGAAGCGCAGACGUGAACUUUUGAGUGACAGCAUGGAGGAGGAAGAUUAUUUUCCCUUCACAGAGGAUGGACAGCAGGCGAGAUCCUUGAGAGCAAGAAUUGAGGUACAAACACCGUUUGUGGAUGUGAAUCAGAAUCCACCAUUGGCACGACUGCCAAAUGCAGCGCCAGGAAUGGCUGCUAUCCCUGGCAAUGUAUCUGAACCAUACUCACCGACUGAAGCUAUCGAUACUCCCAGACUGGAACCUGACGCAGAGAUGCCAAAUGAAGCACCUGCAGUGGCAACGGGCUCAGAGAUGCCUGAUGAUGCACCUGGUCCAACACCACCACCAGGUCUAGAGGAGAUAGCAGAUCAGCCGAGCACGAGUGUUAUGAGCGGCCAACCGGAGAGUGAAGUGACCCCGGUGAUGUCACAACAGACAUCAAAAGUGACUUCAGAGGAGGAGACCAUUCAGCCAGAUAGGCCAGAAGCGACAACGACACAACUUACCCAAGCUCUUAGGCAAGGAGCAGAUCGCUUAGAUGGUGUUCCUCGUGCGCGUUUGACUGGCCAACAUGGCAGCAUGAAUUCAAAUGAGAUCAACUAUGUCCAAGACAAGGUAGAUCGAUUUUUGGCGUUUGCAGCGACCAGGCAGCAUAGCAAGGUCAAGAAGUAUCAGAAAAAGGCAAAGAAGGCAGGAGCAGGCAGAGAGUUGGUUUAUGAGAAAGAGAGUGAAGAAAUGAAACAGAAACUGACAGAAACAAGACGCAAGGAGUGGGCAAAUUGGACAAAGUAUUCUGAUGGAGUUUGGAUAGAUGAAAAGCAAUUGAAAGAAUUACAGUCCAAGCAGCCAAGCCUAAAAGUCAUCCCAACUCGUUGGGUUGAAGUGGACAAGUCAGAAGUUGGACAGAAGGAACAGUUGAAAUCUCGGCUUGUUGUGCGAGGAGAUUUGGAAGAUAGCUCUAGGAUGAGAACCGAUAGUCCAACAUGUUCUUUGACUGCUACAUCUUUGGCAUUGGCACUUGCCGCCUGUCGGGACACCGACCUGUGGGGCGGAGACAUUUCAGCAGCAUUUCUCCAAGCGUCCAAACUGAAUCGGAUAUUGGUUUUAGCUCAACCCAAGUCAGGCAUUCCAGACGUUGAACCUGGAAUGUAUUUUCUUGUCAGCUCCACAGUGUAUGGCACGAAGGAUGCUCCACGAGGGUGGUUCAAGAACCUCUAUCAGACCAUGUUGCAGUUUGGUUUUCGUCCUAUGCCACAUGAGGCUGCAGCUUUUGUUUUGAAUGGUUCGGAUGGCAGAUUGGAAGGCAUAGCAAUAGUGCAUGUAGAUGAUUUGCUUUGGACUGGAGGACCAGUCAUAGAGAAGACCAUGGAAUCAGUUUGCCAGCACUAUCGCUUUGGAAAGAUUGAGAAGAACCAUUUCAAGUAUUGCGGCCGGGAGAUCAGCAAGGAUGAAAAGGGAAUUCAUGUCACAUGUCCUCAUCUUGUAGAUCGUGUUCGUCCAGUUUAUUUGACUGCAGAUCAGCGAAAGGAUAAGGAUGGAAAGGUGACAGAAGAGGUUCGAGGUCAACUACGUAGCGUCAUUGGUUCACUUGCAUGGUUGGUUAGAGUUUGUCGUCCUGAUUUAGCAUAUGCCAUUAGCAAGAUGCAAGCGGAUGUGCACCAAGCUACAUACAAGGACGUUGUCUUUGCCAACGGCAUUCUCAAUCUGGCUCGGAAGUCAAAACAUGUAGGCAUAACAUACCCACUCAAAGCCUUCAAGUUUGAGGAAACCAUGAUUGUAGGAGUCAGCGAUGCGAGUUUCUCAAACGAUUUUGAUUUCAGUGAAUCUGGAGAAAAGAUGGGUUUUCGAUCGCAAAGCGGAAGAAUUAUUUGUCUUGGUCAUCAAUCAUUUCAACAUGAUCACAAGGGUCAGCUGAUGCUCAUGGAGUGGCAUAGCACAACUAUCAAACGUGUUUGUCGCAGCACUUUGCAAGCAGAAACCAUCAGCUUGUUACAUUGCGCUGAGGAGACUGAACACCUCAGGAUUGUCUUUCAUGGAUUAUGGCACAAACAUGACCAACGUGAUCGCAAAUGGUUGGUAACUGCACAGGACAUGAUUUCUGCUAACUGGUACACUGAUUGCAAGAGUCUUGAACAACAUGUCAAUCAAGCUGGAACUCACGUGGUGACAGAUAAGAGACUGGCAAUUGAUUUGUGUGGUUUGAGGCAGCAAGUGUGGCGCCAGGGAGGCGAAGAAGUAGGAGAUCCACUUCUUACCGAUUUUCUUCCAGAGAACCGCACCACCAAACUGACAUGGAUACCAACUGAGAAAAUGCCUGCCGAUUGUCGAACAAAGGCUAUGAAGCCUGGAGCGCUAUCUUUGAUCAUGAAUGGCCAAGAGAAUGAUUUCACUUCAAUAAAAGAACAUGGGUGUGAAACAUCAGAUGGAAACGAGCAUGGAAACGGUAUGAAGACUCAAUCAUUCCUUGUGCCAACAUGA